CUCUCUCUCUCUCUCUCUCUCUCUCUCUCUCUCUCUCUUCUCCAAGCUCUUUCUCAAUCUGAGAAUCCAUGGCUUCGUGCACCUACUAAUUCUAUCAUUUCUGCAUUCAAGAAGCUAAAACUUCCCCCCCCUCUCUCUCUAAAACCCUAGCUUUCUCCCUCUGAAAACCCAUGUCUUCCAUUGCCCGCUCCCGCCUCCGCUCGCUCUACCUCUCCCACCGCCACUUCUCCGCACCGUCCAUCCCAACCCCCGAAAAUCCCAAUUCCAUCCUCGCCAGAAAACAAAAUUCUCGCGCUGCCCUUGCCCUCCUCAAAUCCGAAUCCGAUCCCAACCGUAUAAUCGACAUUGCCCGGGCCGCCUCCCUCACCCCUGCGUCCCACCUCGACCGCACCGCUCUCUCCAUCACCGUCUCCAAGCUCUCCAAAACCCAAUCCUCCGCCUCGCCCACAGCCCUCCGAUCCUUCCUCGACGAAUUCAAAUCUCGUCCCGAUCUCCAAUCCGAACGCUCCAUCUCCUACGCCAUCAUCCUCUAUGGACGGGCCGGCAUGCUUGACCAGGCUAUCCACACCUUCCAACACCUCGACGAACUCGGCGUGCCCCAGCGGACCGCAGAAUCCCUCAAUGCCCUCCUCUAUGCCUGCCUACUCAACGGCGAUCACGACCAGCUCAUUCGAAUCUUCCAUGAAUUACCCAAGGUUUACAAUAUCGCCCCCGACAUCAAAACCUACAACAGAGUCAUUCAAUCUUUCUGCAAAUCUGGCAAGUCUACUUCUGCAUAUGCAAUCUUAGAUGAAAUGGGUCAGGGAGGAAUUAAACCAAAUAAAACCACGUACAAUAUAUUGCUUUCGGGUUUAUCUUCGGAAGGAAAGCACGAGGAUGUUGAGAAGGUUUUGGAAAUGAUGGAGAAGAAUGACUGUUGUUCGGGUACCAGCCCGCAUGAUGCGAAGAUACGGAGUCUUUGUAGAGCAAAGAAAAUGCAUGAAGCGAAGGCUCUGUUUGAUGGGAUCGUUUCAAGUGGUGUGAAGCCGGAUCCAGUUACAUAUUACCAUCUUAUAAUUGGGUUUUGCAAGGAAGGUGAUUUGGAAGAAGCGAAGCGGCUCUUUGAUGAGAUGGGUGAGAAGGGCUGUGAGCCUGGUAGUGGUAGCUAUUUUACUCUAAUUUACUAUCUCUGUCAAGGUGGGCAAUUUGAUACUGCAUUGCGGUUGGGUAAGGAGUGCAUGGAGAAGGACUGGUGGCCAUGCUUUUCUACGAUGAAGUUGCUGGUGGAUGGGCUUGUGAAGUUGCUGGUGGAUGGGCUUGUGAAGGACUCGAAGAUGAAGGAGGCACGAGAGAUUGUUGGGAAGCUAAAGGAGAGGUUUCCUAAAACUGCCCAGAUGUGGAAGGAUGUGGAAGAUGGUUGGCCUCAAAAGGGAAGACAAUUUAGUUUGUUUGGCUGAGUGGCAUCGCCCUAUGGGAUGGUGGAAACUCAAACUUUGAUGGCUCUUCACUUGGGAAUCCGGGUCUGAGCAGAACUGGGGGAGUUGUUAGACGUGAAAAGGUUCCAUUACUCUCUCCUGCUUGAGGCCCCAGGCAUGGGCGAUGAACCAGAGCAAAGGCAUCGAGGGAAGGUUUCUGUAAGCUUCCAUGUCUGAUGAUUGCUGAAGGAGAUUCUCUAAACUUCAUUCCUAGGCAUAGAAAGGCAAGUGGACCUUGGAAGUUCUCCCUUGUUUUUAUUGACAUUUGCCUUCUUGGUUCAAUGCUAAGCAUAAAGGGUCAUUUGGUACCCCCAAAAUCCAGGUUUCUGGGCACUUGGGAAUUGAAAUCAGGGCUUGAAACAGGGUAGUGCUUGGCACCCCUGAAAAUCAUGGAUUUCAAUUCCAACCAGAUUUUAAAUCCAAGAAAGGCCCCCCUUUUUUUAACUUUUUUUGGGAAAAAGCUAAGUUGUAGAGUCCAGGAUUUUCAAUUUUCUCCCAUUGUUGUUAAGGUAUUCACACUCAUUCAUAUUAUGGGAUAUUUUUAUUUUCAUUCGCAUUCAUGCCAUGA